AUGAUGGUUAAUGGUAGAUACCAUUACAUUUGUAUAGUUCCACAGGAAUGGGACAUUUAGGCAAAGGAUGAUUUAGAGCUCUAUAUUUAUAAAUGUAUGAGAAAUCAUUUCAAUAAACACGGUGAAGUAAAAGGUGCAGAGAUCACCAUCGGAGAGACGACGACCAAGACGGAUUACUGGAACUUGAAGCUUUGGCUGAAAAGAACCUCUGAUAUGACUUAUCCAGAUUCAAAAGGUUACUUUUGGAUGCUUUUGGAUUGGCGAUCUCGUCCUGACCCGGUGAGUUAA